UCGCUGUGCUGCACGCUCGGUAGACGUUGCACAACAGCCCACAGAGCUGAGCUGACAUCAGGAGGGGGCGGAGCAAUUGUACAGCAUAUAAGAAACCCUUCCCAGAGUUAUAAACGUUUUAUAAUCGGACAGAUCUCAGAUAAAGCAGAGAGGAUCUGCAACCAUCCAUCAGUCCUGAUGGCUCCUGUUGAGGUGCAGAAUCCAGAUGAGGCCAAACCUACUGCCAAGACCAAAGUAGCUACAGGACUAGAGAGCAUUGCUCCUCUUAUAAGCACAGUAGAGGAAACCCCUGAACCAAUCACCACCACAGUUGAAGGCUCCAUCCCUUCCUGGAUCAAUGGUAAUUUCCUCCGCAAUGGACCAGGGAAGUUUGAGUUUGGAAACACGCACUACAACCACUGGUUUGAUGGGAUGGCCAUGCUGCACCAGUUUAAGAUCCAGAACGGCCAGGUGACGUAUAAGAGUCGUUUCCUACAGAGCGACACCUACAAGAAGAACAGCGAGCGGGAUCGCAUCAUGAUGUCAGAGUUCGGUACCCUGGCGAUGCCUGAUCCAUGUAAAAACUUCUUCCAGAGAUUUCUCUCUCGCUUUGAGAUGAUUGAACCUACAGACAAUGCAAGUGUGAGCUUUGUGAAAUACAAGGGUGACUACUAUGUCAGCACAGAGACAAAUUUCAUGCACAAAGUGAACCCGGAAAACCUGGAAAUGUUGGAAAAGGUUGAUUGGAGUAAGUUCAUUGCUGUGAAUGGAGCUACUGCUCAUCCCCACUACGACCCAGACGGCACCGCCUACAAUAUGGGCAACUCCUAUGGAAGCAAAGGAGCACUGUACAACAUCAUUAAAGUCCCCCCGGAGAAAACAGAAAUAAAAGACACCCUGCAAGGAGCCAAAGUCCUUUGUUCAAUUGUUCCAGCGAACAAGUCCCAUCCCUCCUACUACCACAGCUUUGCCAUGUCUGAGAACUAUGUGGUUUUCAUCGAGCAGCCAAUUAAGAUGGACCUCCUGAAGAUAGUCACCUGCAAGAUCAGAGGAAAGGCUUUAAACCAGGGAAUAUACUGGGAUCCAAAGCUGGAAACUGUUUUCCAUCUCAUUGACAAGCGUUCAGGAGAGGUCAUUCCCAUGAAGUAUCACACCAAAGCCAUCUCCACCUUCCACCAGAUCAAUGCCUUUGAGGAGGACGGCUUCCUGAUGCUGGAUAUGUGCUGCUCAGAUAGCGGCCAGGCCAUCAGCAACUACCUCAUCCAGAACUUACGCAAAUCAGGAGAGGCACUAGAUGAACUGUAUAACACCACUGACAAGACUUUCCCACGGCGGUUUGUUCUGCCCCUAAAUGUGACCAGUGACACCCCAACAAACCAGAACUUGAACACUCGGCCUUCCAGCAAAGCAACAUGCAUCAAAAUCAGUGCCAACAAGGUUUUCUGCCAACACGAGGAUCUCCAUGGAGAUGACCUGUAUGAGUACGGUGGCCUGGAGUUCCCACAAAUCAACUACAGCCAAUUUAACACCAGGCCAUAUCGUUACUUCUACGGCUGUGGCUUCAGACACAUGGUGGGAGACUCCCUGCUCAAGAUGGACUUGAACGACAAGACACUUAAGGUCUGGCAACAGAAGGGUUUCUACCCAUCAGAGCCGGUGUUUGUGCCGUCGCCUGAUGCGACGGACGAGGAUGCUGGAGUCAUUCUGUCGGUGGUUCUCACACCUUCACAGGAUAAAGGGACAUUUCUCCUGGUUUUGGAUGCAAAAACGUUUGAGGAGCUGGGAAGAGCUAACGUGCCUGUUAACAUGGCUUAUGGCUUCCAUGGUGCCUUCUCCGCCUCUCCAUAAGCCACUGCCUUCUACAUUAACAGGAUUAAAGUUACUGCAUAUAAUGCAACUGGUACAAAUCAAGUAGUAAGCAAAAAGAAACAGUAUUCCUUAGGCUACAAAGUUGCUGUUACAAUGUGCACUUAUUUUCUUAGCUAAACCUUCUAGCACUUGUGUUUGUCUUCAGAGUUGUUUUAAUUCUUCAUGGUGCACUUUCAGCAAAGUGUGUGAAACAAUCCCCAAAGGUUUUUGUCAUGAUGCGAAUCUUGUUGAAUGUAGCAGCUCAGCUCAAGACUCCUCUGAUCUGAUCUGUUAUUUUGUCAUUUUAAGAGCAGGUAUGAAUUGUAGCUGGAGUUUCUUGUUCUUAGCUGACAGCAGUGGCACCCGUUGUGGUUUGCAGCCUUUCCCCUUGAAGGUACGACAUGUUGUGCAGUCAGAGAUGUUAUUCAGUUUUUGAAACACUCAGACAAACCUCGUCUGCAACCAAAAUUAUGCCAUCUUCAAAUUCACUUCCCCUUAUUUUCCCAUUCUGAACUGCAGGAAGUCGUUUUCACCACAUCUAAAUGUUUACAAGCACCAAGUUGCUGCCAUGUUUUGGCUGAUUUGCCUUUUGUCUCACGCAAUUGAAAAAAUGUGCCUAUAAAGAGGCCUGCGCGUGAAAAAAUGUUUAAGCGAUUCACUUUUUAUACUGACUAAAUGCUGCUAACAUAUUAUCUGCUUUCUUGAAAUUUUUGCCUAUAAAGCUAUUAACUGACAUAUGAUAUUCUUAUUUUCAUUCCUUUUUACACAUUAGCUCAAAACUGACAAGUUGUUCCUAAGGACACAGUAGUUUUAAAUAAGCUGCCAAAAUCAGUUGCCUUUGUGCAAUUUUUCUUUUCCGUUUGUGUACUUAAAUAUUUCUAUUCACGUCUACAUUUUCUAUUAUCGAAGUUAUAAUAAAAUUUUUAAUCCGCUAACUUCUAAAGUGUUCCUGGUCAUCUGUUUUACACAUCAAGUUAAGGUUGUGUGUGACCUAUAAUCAUCCAGAUAAGUCCAACAUUAAAUUUAGUAAAUUUAUUAAAUUAGUGAAUGGAAACCAACAGAAUCCCACUAAAUAAACUCAAACAAUAAUUGUUUACAUAAUAUCUGUUGCACAAUUAUUCUCUUUUCAAUGAUAUUUUGUGGCUUCCUGUUUUGCUGUUUUGUUAAUAUGAAACAUAUAACUCAAAUUUACUCAAGUUAAAGAUGGGAUUUCUAUUUUGAAUAUUUUUACAUUUCAGAUUACGCCUCUGAAAACCAGAUGGAUUUUAUUUUAUGUUGUGUGCUAUCCUCUUCCAAGGUUGCCAAUAAGAUGUAGAUGGGAAAUUCAAGAAAACUGCAUCCCAUAUUCAUGUUAUGGCGCAAAAAGAGCCAGCCAGGGCAUUGGUGAACUAAACUGCUGCGUGAGGCCAUCGCACCAGCAGGGGGCGCCCGUCAGCGUCCUGCUUCUCAAGGAAGACACAAAUUUAAAAAAACUCGAAACUUGUAGGUAGAAUUAUGGAAGCAUUCUUUCCAAUAAACCAAAAUUUUUAAAAAUAAGGAAAUUUCUUUGAAUGUUUAAAUUUAUUUAGAAUUCACAAGAACUGAAAAAAUAUAUAGCAAAUAUAAAAAUGAAGAUGUUUAUAUUUUGUCAAGAUUUAAGUGGUCGUAAUAUUAAUGCCAUUCUCCAUUCAUAAUUUCAUUGCACAAAUUGUUCAGUAUAAAUGAAUCAUUUAUCAUUAAUAAAUGCAUUAAUGACUUCUGUUGCUCGUGUUAACACUGAAAACAAAAUUUUCGCAUUUGCAUUUUGUCAUCACACCAAGAAAACCAAUUUUGUUUCCAGUAGAGCAACCAAUCAUGUUACUAAAUUUUGAAUGAAUUGUUUUUCAAUAAAUAUUUGCCCAAUCAGAUGUCUAAUAAAUAUGUAAUAAUAUCACAAACAA